AGAAAUUUAAUUAAAAUUAAUUAAUUUAUAAUUAACGUAUUUUUAUUAUUAUGAAACUUGUUUCAUUGUCUUUAUUUGCGUGAUUAUUUUAACAAUAUCUUUAUUAAAACAAUAUUCAUAUAAAUAUAGGUUUGGUCUUUUUCGCUGCACUUCUGAACUAGUGCAAUUUAGAGCGAAACAAAUAUAUUUUCUUUCGCUCCAACUUAUUGCACUUAAUUCAGAAGUGCAGCAAAAAAGAACUAACCUCAUAUAGCUGCUAGCGUUGCGCCAGUUGCUGCGUUUCAGAAUACACCGAGCACGUUGAGCGAGUUGCAUGUGCCCCGACAAUUACAUUUAAUUAUAUUAUUCGUUUACACAAAUCUGAACUAUUUGCUAAUUUUAUUCAGUAUUAUCUUUCGAAAUAACUCACUCAUAAUGCGAUGGAAAAUACCAACAUCGUAUGUUGUCAUAUCCGGGUUGGCAGGUUCUAUCGGUGUGGGAUAUCUUGUAAAAGAUUAUAUGGGAGGCCCAAGGUACAAAGGGACAGAGACUCUAGCAGACAAAAUCGUCAUCGUGACAGGAGCGAAUACUGGUAUUGGGAAGCAGAUAGCUUUUGACUUAGCUAGACGUAAGGCAAGAGUUGUCUUGGCAUGCAGGGACAUGCAAAAAUGUGAACAGGCCCGUCGACACAUUGUACUUGAUACAAAAAAUAAGUACGUUUACUGUAGGGAGUGUGACUUGGCGUCGCAAGAAAGUAUUAGGAAAUUUGUAGAACAAUUUAAGAACGAAAGUAGUAAACUUCACAUACUUAUUAAUAAUGCCGGCGUAAUGAGAUGUCCAAAGAGUUACACCAAGGAAGGUAUCGAGAUGCAGCUCGGAGUCAAUCAUAUGGGACACUUUUUGCUGACAAAUUUACUGUUGGACGUCCUGAAAGCAUCCGCGCCAGCUAGAAUCGUGAAUUUGACAAGCACCGCUCAUCGUCGUGGUCAAAUAAAUAUGAAAGACUUAAACUUGGAUGAGGAUUAUGACCCUGGUAGAGCUUACGCUCAAAGCAAAUUAGCUAAUCUGCUCUUCACUAGGGAGCUGGCAAACAGAUUGAAAGGAACCGAUGUUACUGUGAACGCCGUCCAUCCUGGUGUAGUUAGCACGGAAAUAACGCGACACAUGUACGUAUAUAAGAACUGGUUCACAUUACCGUUGCUGAAAAUGUUCUCCUGGCCAUUUAUUAAAUCACCUGGGCAAGGAGCACAAACUGUUUUGUACGUGGCCAUAGAUCCCAGUCUUGCAAACACCUCUGGCUAUUACUUUGAUAACUGCGAAACUAAGGAUGUGUCGGAUAAUGCGAAAAACGACGACAUGGCAAAAUGGCUAUGGAAAGUUAGCGAAAAAUGGACGAAGUUAAAUGUUAAUUAAUUAAUAGUAAUUGAACAUAUUACUAUAUAUAGUAUAUAACAACGGACGUACAAUUAUCAAUAUACUUUGUUUUUAUAAUAUAUUGUUAUACCGUUGUUAA